GUACCCUCGCCUCCUUAUUUUUCCCAAGUCCCAACUGCCCCUCGCCCAAUUUAAUUUCAUUUCCCUUCUCACCAGGAUUUUGCCUUCCUACUCUGCAACUCCGAUCUGCAGAGAUUCUUUCCUAUCCCGCUUGAUCUUCCUUGUCGACGGGCUUUCGAUUUUUAAACCCCAGUCGGGGACUUAAUAUCUCUCUGUCUCUUUCUCAGUCGAGUGUCGCGGAAUUUGGGGUUUGGUUUUUGAAGGAAGAGAUCAGGUUUUUUUUGUAUCUAAUUUUUGGCUAGUUGUUUAAUUGUGUUUGUAGGAGGUUGGACUUUUUGUGUUGAUUAAUGAGCUAGAAUACGCGCGGUUCUUUCCAGACCUAGGUUUGCUGGUAUAGUUUGCGGUUCUCUCUUUUCGAUUAUUUGAAUUAGGGAUUCUUUUAUUCUUUUUGUAUAUAGGAGGAGGGGACUAUUAUUUUGUUGAUUGAUUUGGUAGUUUUAGCUGAAGAAAACUAUAUUUUUGGGUCAUACACAAGAAAUACUCGGUGAGAUUUUUGGUGCUUUGUUUUAGUUUGUCAUUGAAAAUCGAGGGUUUUCUUGUUUGAAUCUUUUUAAGCAAUUAACAUAAUCCCCGUAAAAAAGUUGAAAAAGGAAAAAAAAAUUGAAAAUAUAGUAAAAGUGAAAAAAGGUUAAGUCUUUUUUGGUUGGGCUUAAGUAGUUUAUUCCACUUUCCCCCUUUGUUUUAUUAGGAAAGAUUAUAAGAAAGAAAGACCCGAUCUAGGUUAGCUGCAGAGAUAUUGAGAUGGCCUUGAACUAUUCACAACGACCCUUAUUUCCAGCACUUGUUUCUGAAGAUAAUUUGGUGUCACCUAUGAGGAUUGUGAAUGGGUAUUGUAUUGAGGGUGUUCCAGAGAAGAAUAGGGAAGGCUAUGCGAGGCCAUGGCGUGCCAGCCAAGGAGUGACAGAUGAUUGGCAUUUCAAUUGUGGGAGGGAUAGAGUUGAUUGUUACUGCUCUAAAGAGUCGAAUUCCAAAGAUAUUGUUGACCUUUUGCCCUCCGAUCCAUUCGGGAUGGAUAUAAAGACUACUUUCACAGCUAUUUCGGGAUGGCUUGAGGAUUUGGAGGUUGAAUAUGGAGGAUAUGUGAAGAGGGAUACUGGAAAGACUAGUCAGGAUAAUUAUGGUUUAUUUGCUGGAUGGAAUCUAAUUUGGAAUAAUUCAUUAAAGUUCCAAUCAUUUCCCAGUAACUUUCAGUUUAAUGAGAAACUGAAUAAUGGUUUUCAAUCCUUCCCAAGCAAUACUCAGGUUUAUCAGAAACCUGAUGUGGGUGUCCAUUCCUUGCCAAGUUGUGUUCAGGGUAAUGAGAAAUUGGAUGUUGCAGGCAAUGUGGAUCAAAUCGGGGAAGAGAAAGAUAUUGGGGAUGCAUUAGCCCCAUAUGAGUUUGGAUUUCAACUGGCCUGCAACAGGAGGGACAAUGUGGGGUACAACAAUGAGAGUACUUGCUGCAGUUCUGAGCAGCAAUGUUGUGAAAAAGUGGAGGAUGCUACUGAAUCUGACAGUGUGCCCCAUGAAGCUUUGAUUUUGGCUCUUAGCUAUCUCGGAGUUAAUGACCUUUUGUCGGUGGAAAGGGUUUGCAGGUCCUUAUGUUCCACUGUCCAGGGUGAUCCCUUGUUGUGGAUGAGCAUCCACAUCGAUCAGCCUCUUAAUGAAAGGAUCACGGAUGCUCUUCUUUUGCAAUUGGCUUUGAGGGCUCAAGGUCACCUGCAAUGCCUGAGUUUAGUGGAGUGCCCCAAAAUCACAGAUGAUGGUGUGAGGCGCAUACUUGAAAUCAAUCCACGAUUAACUAAGUUGUGUGUUCCUGGCUGCACAAGGCUCACUAUUGAAGGGAUAUUGAAUAGUAUAAAGGUUCAUAACUCUAAGAAAGAUGUUCCGGGUAUAAAGCUCCUCAGAAUUGGUGGGCUUUACGGCGUUACAUACGAACAUUUUGAAGAGUUGAAGUUGUUACUGGGUACUGAGCGCCACAGGAAAGGAAGUUAUCACAAGCCACAUUUCUAUCAUCGAGGAAAUUUUUAUCUUCCAUAUGAUGAUGAUCGGACGAUAGAUAUUGAAAUGUGUCCAAGAUGCGAGAAAUUCAGGUUGAUAUAUGAUUGUCCAGCUGAGGGUUGCCAGGUUACAGAUAAGACGUCUCUUCUUUGCAGAGCAUGCACACUUUGCAUAGCCAGGUGUGCUCAAUGUGGCAGGUGUAUUAAUGACAAUGAAUAUGAGGAAACUUUCUGUUUGGAAUUGCUAUGUUCAGAUUGUUUUAAGCAGCCGCUCAAUUACCAACACAGGCUGGAUAAGAAGAUUGAUCCCCAUGGGGCUUUACGUGAGCCAAGUUAUCACUUCAGUCACCAUGCAUAGGGGAAAAUAUCUGUUACUUAUAUUGGAUUGCUCGAGUCUUGAUUCCUUAAAAUUUGAGCUGCCUUUGAGGUUUGACUUCUGCUGUUGAGCGGCACUACCACAUAGUGGUAUAGUUGUCAUCUUCACACACUGCAUUUGCCGAGUCCAAGAUGGGGGCAAAAAAUCAUAAAGAAAUAGGGAGAAAGACGGAUAUACAUGCAAGUUGCUUACUAGUGGUGGGUUCUCUUCCUCCAGGAGAUCUUGCUUUGAAAAGCUGAUGAUCUUCCUGUUCUGGAGGGGUCAGAUUUGGGUUUUACUUUCAUUUGGUAGGGUUUCUUUGUGAUCUGUCCAGUGUCUUCAGCCCAUUUAUUUUGUCAACAAUGCAAGAUCGGAAAUAUGUGAAGUCUGCUCAUGCAAAGAUAACGACAAGAAUCUGUAUCAUUUCUUCUGAUUUGUUAAAGACAAUUGCUAUAUUAAAACCUGAUUCUUCCUUACAACUCUCUUGGUUGAGCCUGUAUUUCUUAUAUAUGUACUUGACUGUAAAGUGACAUAGUUGGUGUACUUGGGUUAUUAAUCCCACAUUCCACAUUUAUGCUCAAUUCCUUGGGCAUGUAGAA